AUGAAUUUUAACGGCGACUGGUAUACCGGCAUUAAUGCAGAUUGUAAAAGAGAAAAAGGUGAAAAUUAUAAUUAUUGUAUAAGACAUUUUACAAGAAAACGUGAAUUUGAUCCGAUGAUGUUUGAAAAAUUUUAUCAAUUAUUGAAUCGUAUAUGUAUUAGUGAUAUUAAAAUUGAUUUUAUGCAUUUAUUGAAUUUUUUAAUAGAUAAAAAAGAUCGCAAUGCAUUACAACAUGAAAUGAUAAGCAAAUAUAUACGUAAGAAUAAUACAAAUGCUAUUCAUUUAGCGGACUCAUUACCGCUUAAAGAUAUUCUUGAAAAUAUGGCAAAAGUCACUUUUCGUACAACGUGGCAAGAAGCACAAAGAUUGUUGUUGGACAAUGUGGAGUUUGUUCACGAUACAGAAUUACAGAAUAUGGAUAAGGAAGAUGCAUUAAUCGUAUUUGAAGAUCAUAUUCGACAGUUAGAAAAAGAACAUGAAGAAGAAAUGGAAUCACAAAGAAAAUAUAUUCGACGAGCGUAUCGAAAAAAUCGAGAAGCAUUUUUGGUAGGAGAUUUCAUCGUCCGAGCAAAUUAG